GAGAGAGAGAGACGGCAAAACCUCCAUCCACCGGCCGAGUGACGAGAACACACCAGCAAUAAGAGGAAGAAGAAGAAGAAGAAGAGCGGAGCAUGUGUCCUGUGUGGCUUUUGGUGGCAGUUGUAGUAGUGGGCGGGGCCAGAGAAGCAGUCAGUCAAUGCUGGGAGCAUCCGAGCUGCCAGGAGCUCAACUCUGAGAGCAACAUGAUGGAGUGCAUCCAGCUCUGUCACUCUGACCUCACCGCUGAGACCCCCGUUAUCCCCGGCAACGCCCACCUGCAGCCCCCCAUCCCAUCAGACUCCUCCUCCUCACCUUCUCCUCAGGCCAAGCGCUCCUACUCCAUGGAGCAUUUCCGCUGGGGGAAGCCCGUCGGCCGAAAACGUCGCCCCAUUAAAGUGUACACCUCCAAUGAUGUGGCGGAGGAGUCUGCUGAGGUUUUCCCUGAAGAGAUGAGGAGACGAGGGCUGACCAAUGAGCUGCUGGCAGCAGCAGACGAAGGAGAGAAGGCUCAAGAGAUGAUCGAGGAGGCGGAGUUGGAGCAGCAGCUCCUGAACGGCCUGCAGGAGAAGAAAGACGGCUCGUACAAGAUGAAGCACUUCCGCUGGAGCAGCCCGCCAACCAGCAAGCGCUACGGCGGCUUCAUGAAGAGCUGGGACGAACGCAGCCAGAGGCCACUGAUGACACUCUUCAAGAAUGUCAUCAACAAAGAUGGACAGCAGCAGAAGUGAGACCAGAGAGACAGAGGACGAGGCAGUGGAGAGAGGAGGGAAAGGAGGAGAGAACUUUUUACCACGGCAAUCAGGCAGCAAAGAGUUCCCAUUAACAGAGCGACCAAUAAAACCUCU